AUGGCAAAAUCGAAGAAGACGAAGACGAGCAAGACGAGCAAGACGAAAACGAGUCAGUCAAAGAAGACGGCGCGGUCAAGCAAGACGACACAGUCAAGCCAGAGUGAGAAGACGACUCAGUCAAGCCAUUCAACCAAGAAAACCAAUGUUGUGAACAGGGACGAACCUGUAGAAGAAGAAGUUAUUGAAGAUGGAAAGAAUAUGCAUUUAAUCAGUGUUGUUUUCAAUCAUGGAGGGGAAUUUGUGAGAAUGGGUGACGGGAAUAUGAUAUACAGGGGAGGGGUAACGACACAUGUAACUGACAUUCUCAUUGACAACUUUACCAUGAUUUGCGUUAACAAGUUGUUGAAUGAGUGGGGUUACAGUGAAGGCACAUUUAGGGUAUGGACAAAGGUUGUUGAAAUUGAUCCCAACUUUUUCCAAAUUAAGAAAGAUGAUGACUGCUAUGAUGUAGCUGCAUUUUCUUAUGCCAAUGAAGUAGAGGGUGUCAUGUAUGUAGAGCAUGAUGUAGUAGAGGAUCAUAAUGAUGAAGAAGUAGUGGAAGGAUUAGGAGAUAGUGAGGAUGAACGUGCCACUGGGUUGGAGGAUGGGUUUGAAGGUGUAGAUGUUUCUGUACCUAGGAAGGAAGCUCCUUCCCUAUCAGAUGUUAUGAGGGGUUCAGAAAAGAAAGAAAUGGAAGAUGGAGAUGAAUAUGUUACUGACGAGUUGGACAGCUCAGACCCUGAUUUAUCAGAUGAGGACAAAGGUCACAAGUUUGAAAAGUUUAAAAAGGAGCAUUUCAAUAAGAAUUUUAAAUUUGAGUGGGGUAUGGAGUUUAAUUCCCUUGAUGAGUUUAGAGAAGCUAUACGUGAGUGGUCAGUAUUAAAUGGUAGGGAAAUAAAGUUUGUGAAAAACGAGAGCUACAGGGUUAGGGUGGAAUGUAGGGCCAAGUGUGGGUUUUUAAUACUUUGUUCAAAGGUGGGACACAGACAUACUUUUGCUAUAAAAACAAUAGUUGAUAAGCACACAUGUGCUAGGGUUCUAGACAAUAGAUCUGCAAGCUCAAGGUGGGUGGCCAAGGCUGUUGUAAAAAAGAUGCAAACAUCACAAAGUGUUAGGAUUACUGACAUUAUUCAAGACUUGAGGCAUAAUUUUUCUGUGGGCAUCACUGUUGCAAGGGCAUGGAAGGCAAAGCUCAUAGCUAAGAGGAUACUUGAGGGAGAUGCAGAUAGGCAAUAUGCUGAUUUGAGGAGGUAUGCAUCUAAGCUACAUAGAGUUAACCUUGGAAAUACUGUGAGUAUCACUGUCAACAGACCUAAUCCAUCCAUACAACCAAGAUUUGGGUCCUUUUACUUUUGUUUUGAUGGUUGCAAAAAGGGGUUCACUAAUGGCUGCAGACCCUUCAUUGGGGUAGAUGGGUGUCACUUGAAAACAAAAUAUGGUGGUCAGUUGCUAAUUGUUGUGGGUAGGGACCCUAAUGACCAGUAUUUCCCUCUAGCAUUUGGAGUUGUUGAAAUAGAGAACAAGGAAACUUGGAAAUGGUUUAUUGAUUUGCUUAUGGGUGACAUUGGGCAGGACAACAGAUAUGUGUUUAUAUCUGACCAACAAAAGAGACUGGUUUCAGUUUUUGAAGACAUGGGUUAA